UGUGGUUCCAUCGCAGUGUCAGUCUGUUUGUUGUGAGAACGCGAUGCUAAAAUUAACCGUCAAUCCGCUACGCUUCAAGCCGUGUGGAGUGCGCUGGCGCAGCGCCACAGCCCAACCAGCUGCUAACAAUACUGUGGUUGAUACGGAAUGGGAAAAUGCAUUACCGUUUGAAAAGAUUCCAGCACCCUCACUGCUUGGUUUUCUUAAAGAAUUCGGACCAUUCGGUAAAUACAAGGAUGGGACACUUUACGAUAUUAACAAGCGAAUGCGCGAACUCUAUGGACCGAUCAUGCAGAUGAAAGGUGCGUUCGGUCGGGAAGAUAUCGUGAUGACAUUCGUUCCGGAAGACUUUGAAAAAGUGUUACGAUCGGAAGGGCCAUGGCCUCGACGUACUGGGAUGGAUGCGUUUGUGUAUUACCGCAAACAACAUAGACCGGAAUACUUUAAGGGUUAUGGAGGGUUGUUAGCAGAACAAGGCGAAGACUGGCAUAAGAUGCGAACGAUCGUCAAUCCGAUCAUGAUGCAGCCAAAGAUCAUCAAGCUGUAUGUGGACAAGGUGGACGAAGUGGCUCGAGAGUUUAUGGAUAUUGUCCACGGUCUCCGAGAUGCAAAGCAGGAACUGCCGGCCGACUUUAACGAGUGGUUGAAUCGUUGGGCACUAGAGACAAUGGGAGUUCUGGUGUUGGACACACGUCUCGGUGUGCUGAACAAAGAACAGAGCCCCGAAGUCAGCAGAUUGAUCAAUCUUACCAAGGAUGCAGUAACCUUAUUCUAUCAGUUAGAUAUACUGCCAUCAAUUUGGAGGAAAUUGAAGACCCCUGCUUUCUACCGGUUGAUGCGUACAUUGGACGAACUCUACCAUGUGAUUGCGUCCAAAAUUGACGAAGCGGUGAUAAGGAUGGAAAAGAAUCCAAAAGCCGAUUCGGACACCUUAAGCAUUCUGGAGAAGCUGUUGAAGGUGGAUCGUAAAGCUGCCUUCACCAUGUCCAUGGAUAGUUUGUUUGCUGGUGUUGAUACGACAUCAUCAGGAUCAACAGGCGUACUCUACUGCCUGGCAAAGAACCCCGAGAAGCAGGAGAAACUUCGAGCAGAACUGCGCCAGCUUAUGCCGGAAAAGAACACACCUCUGACCCCGGAGCUUAUGAAGAACAUGCCGUACCUUAGGGCUUGCAUCAAGGAAGGUCUCCGGAUGUAUCCACCGACAUCAGGAAAUGGGCGAUGUGCUGGGAAGAAUCUCGUUUUACAAGGAUACCGUAUUCCCAAAGGCAUUCUAGUAGGGAUGGGCCAGUUGGUACUGCAACGCGAAGAAGGUUACUUUACACGACCCACUGAGUUCAUUCCGGAACGAUGGCUCAGUGGAGAGGCUGGAGCUGGUUGUCCGAGUGCCAAAGAGGUACAUCCUUUCAUUUAUAUGCCGUUCGGAUUUGGAGCUCGUUCCUGCGUCGGACGACGACUAGCGAUGCUGGAGAUGGAAAUUCUGAUUUCUCGAAUGGUGCGACAGUACGACAUCCGAUGGAAUUACGGUGAACUGAAGUACAGAGCGACGUUGGUGAACAUACCGUCCAACGACUUGAUGUUUCAACUGAAAGAUGUGAGCAAUUGAGCAACUGGUUGUUGGUGUAUAUUUAUUGGAAAUAAAUGGAACGAACUAAUUUAAA